GUAUAAUUUUCUCUUUAUUCCUCAAUUUCAUCUUUUCCCUCUUUAUUGUUCAGUCUCAGCUUCUCAUCCAUAUAGCUUUGCACCAAUGGGUUGUUCUCUUCUCUCGCAUUUCAGUGUGGUCACCUGUUCUGCUCCUCGUUUCGUCUCUUCAACCAGGUCUAGCGGAUUAAGUAUUGGUGGAUACUUGAGAAGAACACGGAUGAUUCGUCAACAAGCCGGUGGAGAUUUCUGGUGCUUUUGCAGUAGUGUAGCGGUAUCUGAACCUGUGAACUCCGAGUCUUCUUCAAGUCCUGUAAGGAAGAGAAUAGUCUCCGGUGUUCAGCCUACUGGAUCGAUACAUCUGGGGAACUACCUUGGUGCCAUAAAGAACUGGAUACGAUUGCAGGAUACAUAUGAGACAUUCUUCUUCAUUGUGGACCUUCAUGCGAUAACUUUGCAAUAUGAAGCACAACAAUUGCUAAAGGCAACAAGGGAUACAGCUGCUAUUUAUCUAGCAUGUGGUGUAGAUCCUUCUAAGGCUUCAGUCUUUGUGCAGUCUCAUGUUCGUGCUCAUGUAGAGUUGAUGUGGCUUUUGAGUUCUGCAACACCUAUUGGUUGGCUCAAUAGAAUGAUUCAAUUUAAAGAGAAGUCACGGAAGGCGGGGGAUGAAAAUGUGGGUGUUGCUCUUUUAACCUAUCCUGUGCUAAUGGCUGCUGAUAUUCUUCUGUAUCAGUCUGAUCUUGUCCCUGUCGGAGAGGAUCAGAAGCAACAUCUGGAGUUGACAAGAGAGCUGGCUGAGCGUGUGAACUAUUUAUAUGGAGGAAGGAAGUGGAAGAAGCUGGGAGGGAGAGGUGGUGCACUCUUCAAGGUUCCUGAACCCCUUAUUCCACCCACUGGGGCUCGAAUCAUGUCCCUUACUGAUGGCCUUUCCAAGAUGUCAAAGUCAGCACCAUCUGAUCAGUCGAGAAUCAAUUUGCUAGAUUCAAAAGAUGUAAUAGCAAAUAAAAUAAAACGGUGCAAGACUGAUGCGUUUCCCGGCUUGGAGUUUGACAAUGCAGAAAGACCUGAAUGUAACAAUCUUCUUUCCAUUUAUCAGCUAGUUUCAGGCAAGACCAAGCAGGAGGUUGCAGAAGAAUGCAGAGAUAUGAAUUGGGGAACAUUCAAAAUUGUGCUUACAGAUGCUUUAGUUGAUCAUCUACACCCUAUCCAGGUACGCUAUGAGGAAAUCAUAUCCGACUCAAGUUACUUGGACGAAGUUUUAGCAGAGGGAGCCAGAAAAGCAGCAGACAUAGCAGAUGUUACUGUAAAUAAUGUCUACCAGGCAAUGGGAUUCUUUAAGAGAUGAGCAUGACCGCAUGAAAACCAAAGAUGCAGUGGUCAAUGUGAUAUUUUUAAAGCAUACAUGCAUCGGUAUGUGUUCCAAACUCCACUCGCAGAAUUACACUAGAAAUGUUGUUGUCACAAUCUCAAUGGAGGACGUAUCACCGAUUUUGCUAUUUAUGUUAAGUCAAGUUGUAUAACUAAUUUUUGUACUCCUUUUCUACUCAUAGUAUUAAUUCGAGUCUUGAAUUAAUUUUCAUGCUGCAAGUUGCUUUUAGCCUUAAUACACUUGCACUAUUGUAUUGGCUAAACCUAAAUGGAGAAGAAACUUUUCCAAAA